UCCCUUUCGCUCUCCUCCCCUCAGCUCUACCAGAGUUACAUAAUUCUCUCUUGCUCUGAAAAGCGGAGCUAAGAUGCCUUCUUUGGGCUUAGGAACCUCGCAGUCCAGCCCUGGCUUGGUCAGUGACGCUGCCGCUGCCGCUGCCGCCAUCAAGGCAGGAUAUGGGCAUAUUGAUUGGGCUCCACUCUAUGGCAAUGAGGAGGAGGUAUCAAUUGGAACUGUGUAAGAAAGCUUUGGAGGAGAACAUAAUUGUGUAUCUGGAAACUGGUUGUGGAAAGACCCACAUAGCCGUGUUGCCUAUGUAUGAACCAGUUGAUCCUCAAACCUCAGAAGAACAUAUAUGUGCUCUGUGUCCUGGAGAUCGUUGUGGUAUAUAUGGAUCAAAUUGCUCCCAAUGGAUUAUUGCAAUGGAGAUUUUGAAGCCUGACAUGUUUCUAAAGAAGAUGGAGAGAGAAGUUAGAAGAAGAGGAAGAGGAAGAGGAGAUUGAGUAACAUAUUAUGAGAGUUGCUAGGACUGAAGACCAC